AUGAAGCUCUCUCUUUCUCUCCUCUCCCUGGCGCCUCUCGCCUCCAUGGUCUCUGCCCAUUUCGUCCUCCACUAUCCUACAAGUCGGGGGUCAGAUGAAGGCACCAUGGGUGAAUUCCCCUGCGGUGGAUUCUCUGCCUCCUCCAACCGCACCCAGAUCUCUCUCUCCUCCCCAAGCUUCCCGGUUGCAUUGACAAUGGGCCAUGAUCUGACUGUCGUGGAAUUCCUGCUCGCCAUCGGAACAAACCCGGGAGACAAUUACAAUGUCACCCUCAAACAUACCUUCCAAGUAGAGGGUAUGGGAGCUUUCUGUGUCCCUGACGUGCUCCUCUCCGAGGCCGUGCUAGGAACAAAACUCGUGGACGGAAUGAACUUGACUCUGCAAGUCCAGACUAACGCAGACCCUAAUGGAGGCCUGUACUCGUGCGCUGAUCUCCAACUCACAUCCACCAGUGUUGAAAGCCCCUCCGCGUCCACCUGCGCUAACAACACCGGUGUCACUGCUGUUGCCUUUUCUGGAGCUGCUGCGCAGCGCAACGCCAAUGUCUCCACCCCUGAGGGUGGCUCGCAGAGUGGUUCAUCCGGUUCCUCGUCUACAACUACCGCCAGCACUUCUACUUCGACCUCAACCGGUGCAGCAUCCGCUAUGCAGACUGCUGGUUGGGGAAUGUUGGGUGCAGCUGUUCUUGGUGGCCUUGCAGCACUUUAA